AUGCAAAAAACAGCAUUAAAAUUAUUUUAAAUAUUAAUAAAACAUAAAUGCCAUUUUUUAUUCUUAAGGAAUUCUUUUUAUCAUGCUGAUUCUANACCAAGAUGUUGUUUCCGUACGAUUGUAGGAAGACCAAAAUAUAAUUUCAAAAUUAAGGACAAAGGAAUCUACGUUGGAGAUGAAGUUCUUAGUAGAAUUAAUGCUUUAUAAUUGAAGUAGCCAAUUUAAUGUGGGAUAAUUUAAGAUUGGGAAGGUAUAGAAAGUGUGUAUAAACUAUUAAGAUAUGGAAAUAAUUUGGAAUCAUUUGUAUUUAAAUGAGUUAAGAGUUAAACCAGAAGAACACCCAGUUUUAUUGACUGAAUCUCCAAUGAAUCCAACUGCAAACAGAUAAAAAAUGGCAGAAAUCUUCUUCGAAAAAUUCAAAGUGCCAUCAUUCUGCACAAUUAAUCAAGCAGUUCUCUCACUCAGUUUUUAAGGAAGAAGUACUGGUAUAGUCUUAGAUUCUGGAGAUGGUGUUUCGAACAUAGUUCCAAUCGAUGGAUAUUAGACAAAUCGAGAUGCUGUUCUAAGAAUUGACUUGGCAGGAAGAGCCUGCACCCAUAAUUUGAUUUCCAUCUGUGACGAAUUGGAUAAUUCAACAUAAUCUGAUAUAGAAAUUGUUAGAGACAUAAAAGAGAAAUUAUGCUAUGUUGCUCUUGAUUUUGAAGAGGAAAUGAAGAAAUACAAAGAAAGUGCUGCAAACAACAGACAUUAUGAAUUACCAGAUGGAAAUAUUCUUGUUGUAUAAAAUUAAAGAUUCAGAUGUACUGAAUUGCUCUUUAAUCCUUAACUCUUUAAUAUCCAUUACUUGGGUAUUAGUAUCCCUGGUAUUCAUGAGUUAUUAAAGAGUUCUAUUGAGAAGUGCGAUAUUGAUUUGAGAAAAGAAUAGUAAGAAUGUUGAAUUAUAUCUUAGUUAUGGAAAUAUUUUACUCUCUGGAGGUAAUACAAUGUUGCCAGGAUUCCAAGAAAGAUUGAGCAAAGAAUUAACUUACUUUCACCAUCAAAUUAAAAAAAAAAUUAUUGCCCCACCAUAAAGAAAAUACUCAGCAUUUAUUGGAGGAUCAUACUUAUCAUUCUCAUCUUCAUUCUAAAUGUUUUUAAUAUCAGGCUCUGAAUAUUAAGAAAGUGGUCCAUCGAUUCUUCACAAAAGCAUUAUGUGA